AAGGCAAGUGAGGACGAAAAGAAGAUGACAAAGGUCAAUGAAAGUAAAGCAGCCUUCCUCGCUUAUCCCUCGACGUCUCGAAGCCUGACACAAAAGGUAUUCAUCAUCAGCACCAUUGUCACACUCUGUACAGUGGUGACGAUAAUAGCGCUGAUCCUCAUCCGCAGUCGCAAGAGUCAAUUUUGGUCCAUGCGCAAGCCUGCUCACCUUCAGCGACGGUGCCGUCGGCAAAGCAAGUGGAAACGCUACGACGGCUUUCAGCCUCUCAAUCAGGAUGAGCUUCGUGGUCUAGGAUCUACCUUCGGCAGUGCUAUUGACGAGGAUGAUGAGGAUGAAGAGGAAGCGGUGAUGGACUCAAAUACCAUUAUUGAUAUUCGGAAGUUCGGACCGCAGGAUUCGCAGCAGCACUCUUCUAAGUUGUCAGUGCAAUCAUGCACACCAACAAGAAAGAAUGACCUCACCUCAGCUUCUAGUCACCAUGUUGAUACCUAG